AUGGCUGCCGCUGCACCCGCCCAGACACUGCCUGCUAUGCCAGGCGGGGCAAUGCAGGCACCAGUGCCAGCAGCAGCGGUGAAGACGACGCCCAGCACAGCUUACCAGAUGUGGCAAGGCUUUCAAGGCGCGGUGCUGUGUGAUGCUGAUCGUCUAUGUGGCCCAAACAGGCCCUUUGCAAGAUCGCCAGUGAACGUGGGCUCUCCGGCAGUUGUGGCGGGCUCCCCUGUGGCUACGGCUCCGGUGAGCGGAGCGCCCGUCACCUCACUCCCGGCCCCACCAUGGAUGCAGAGCAUCGGAAGCCAAGGCCAGCCCAUGCCUCAGCCGAUGUCAGCGCCACAGCCGGCCUUGGUCUCUUCGGGUGUACCGGUCGCCUCGGCUGCCCCAGUCGCCCCGAUCACCACUUCAGGGGUGUUCGUGCCUUCACCAGCUGCGGCUGGCAGCCCGGCCAUCACCUCAAUCCAGCCAGGGUCCGGGAUGUUCGUACCCUCUCCGCAGAACGCCAGCCUUGCACAGACCUCCCGGACAGGGUCUCCGGUGAUGAGCGCCGCACAGGUGGUGAGUGGCCCGCAGGUGGUGAGUGGCCCGCAGGUGGCGGGCGCUUCGCCGGUGGUGCAGGUGCCACCGGCGGUGCCAGCGCAAACCACGCCGGCCUUCCAAAACCUCACUGCCGGAGCAGCGCCGCCCUUCUCGAAGCCGGCGACGAAGGAGGACCGCAAGAAGCGAUCCAAGAAGAAGAAGGCCAAGUGCUGUGGCUGCUUCUGA